GUCAUCGAUGCCGGCGAAUCAGUUGUUCGGAUAUCGUACGCGGGGGAGUGUUAAUGCCGUAGCGUUAGUUCGAGUGAAAGUUUAGGAAGAAAAACCAUUUAAAUUUUGGCAUUCUAAGGAAGUGAUAUCGUUGAAUUUACAAGCUCUAUCGACGAAUCGAUAUUAUCGUUAAUAAAAAAGCAUUAAACGGCGCUCGUGACGACGAAAGAACAAUUAUUCUAUUAUAUCCGUGGAACAUGGAGGUUUUGCCGUGUCCUGUAAACGUGAAUUUCAGCAAUACCAGAGCUGGAACAGUGACAGACGAAUUGGUGGACGGAGCUUGCCAGGCCUUGGCAAAGCGUCUCGAAGUCGAAUUGAGAAGGGCUAAGCACGCUCAAUUGGCAUGCGGGGAAGUUUUACUACCUGCUGAUCUUUUGCCUAGAAUAGCCAAAAAUGUUCUUGCCAUGGCUGAAAAUGAACCUUGCGGUCUUAGGGGUUGCACCUUGUUCAUCAGUUUCGAAACUGACAGCGUGUGUCGCAAAUUGUCGAAAAUACAAUGCGACCCUAACACGGUGUCCACCUUCGAAUUGUACUUGACGUUGAAACAAGAUCACACGUCUUGGCACAUUUUGUUACCACAAUUUUUAAAAAACCUUACGCGAGGGGGCACCAUCAUGAUCAGUAGGGAUUUUACUUUGGAAAAAAAGAAAUUGUACAGAUCCUACCAGCAUGCACAGUGAACGAUUCACUUGUUUCUCUGUCAUUCGAUUUUCUUGGUAGACGCGAUUAUUCCAAGCUCCACCGAUAAUUUUAUAGGGCCAAGGUGAUCUACGGAGCCUUCACUUUCCGCGCGAAAUGACAGAUCGAGUUUUUCGAUGUGGACAUAUUUUGCAAUUAUUCGCUACAAAGAAUUAUGGAAAGGACACAAGGAGGAGAAUCGGAGAAGGAGAGAGAAGUAUGGAAGAACUAUAUUUCUAGACCAUGAUACGAAAAAGGUGGAAAGUACAUCCCACGAUGAAAAUGCAGACUCGAUAACAGAUUUGUUUUCUCCAAUCUGCAAUGGCUCGAAGAUGAUCGUGCGAUUUGGCUGUGUUCAUAGCCGCUAAUAUUGCGAUCGGUUCGAAGAAACGAAGCCUAUACGUUCGACUAUUGUGAUAGUAAGACAAAACACAAAUUUCAUUAUUGUUAAGAGCGAAAGUUUCUGUACGCGAUUCCUGGACUUUGCAUAUUUCUUUAAUCGUAAAUUUAACAAGAAUGUAUAAAAAAACGAGUACAAUAAAUCGAUAACAAUUUUCCAGGGUCGCGUAAAGAUACAUUCUCUCGUUAUAGGAGAAAAGCGUGUAUCUUCGUUCGACGAAGAAGCGACUCGUUAUACGACUCGUACACGAAUUCUCCGUGAUAACGCCUAACGACAUUGUCGAUUAGUCAUAAUAGUUUAGGUAUCUAUCUAGAUACGAUAUAAUUUUUAGUUUGAAAAUCACCAUCGGAUACCUAAUCUCAACAUCUGUUAAAAUGCAAAUUCGUAGAAUUCGUUCGUAUAAUUCUGGCCAGUGCUGAGUUGUCGUUCUUUUUUUCUUUUUUAUUCGAGGCUAUCUAUCCAUCGUUCGUUAACAUUCGGCUCCGUGAAAUUUUCUCGUUUCGACUACUCCUCGAUACAUGAUUUUUCAGACGAAAAGUCACGAUUACUUUAGGUAUCGAUCGGUAAUGAUGUUGUGAUAUUAAUGAAAACAAACGUGAUUAACGAAUAACGUAAAUUGAAUCCGUGCAACAUAUUAAGUAAUCAUGUACGUAACUUUCUCCUGCAUUUGCGACAAUUUUCCAGGACAAAACGAUUACGUUUGCUGUUCGCUAAUUAUCGUAGUUGGUGACUUUGAUAGACUAUAUUUUGUUCAAACAUUGAAAUCAUUUCGUCCGAAGAAAAUUUGCGUCAGUUCUUCCAGGAGGACGUGUAAACGUAUACACAUAACGCGCGUGCGUGCGCGCGCUGAAAUUUAUAUGUAUGAAUUUAUAAGACUGAUCAGCGAUAGAUACUAAAUUUUUCAGGAUAAGUUUUUCAUGAAUAGCUGCGCAUGCGUAUAUCUUCUUUAAAAUAGCAGGGACACUUCGGGAACUUGUACGCGGUACAACGAUCGCUUAGGUCGAAGUCGUUGAACGAAAUGAUCUUCCUGACCACUUUGCAAACAAACGUAUAAGUAAAGGAACAAGAAACAAAUAUGGCGUAUGUGUGAUGUUCGUGUCGUUAUUAUAUCGAUUAUGUAGAAAACAGAAUAUAUAAAAUGCUGUUACGUAUAUUUUGUACUUCGUUAAAAAAGUUAGAAAUAACAAAAAGACAUUAGAUGCAUAACGCGUAGAAUUAUUUAAUUUUUUUUUAUAUACGAUAUUACCAUUAGGUAUUGCUUGCGUAGAUUGAACAUGGCGGAAAGUUGAACAAGAAACAAACGUUUGCGUUACGAAAUCAAGUUGCGACUAGGUGUAAAUUUUUAGUAUACUUUGAUCAAUUUUCACGAUUUGUCUUUUUCUCUUGUUGGAGAAGAGCGAUCCCGUUGGCGAGUUUGCACUCGUCCCUCGGCUCGUUUCGACUCCGUUAAUUUUCUGGUCUUGAAUUGUCUCCAAACGAAUAAUUGCGUUAACUACGAUUUAAUAAUGUUAGGGGUACACGCGCUACCUCCGUCGAGAUUUUUUAACGAUUCUUGCGAGACGUUUGUAAUUUUUUUUUUUUGAGCCCUUUACCGCCUACAUGUGAUGUUAAUUUUAAUUUGUGAUCUUACUGACAAAUAAGAGAGACAAGGAAUAAAUAAUUACGGAACUUUUAAUAAA